CGGACAGAUAGUAUCUUUCAUUCACAGCUUGCCAUUCUGCGGCUCUCGUUCAUCAAUCGCCAGUUCACAUAGUUCUCCUAGUUGUUUACCUUCACUUUAAAGCAGUUUGUUUUGUGUGUCGACAACGAUCGGGCUCCGUUCAGAUUAUGAUGUUAGCAGCGACGUUAUUAUUAUGCUCGGUGGCGCUGAGCGCUGUGCGCGCUGAAGCAGAUGCCACGACGACAGAACCGCCGCCGCCGCGACCCUACGCCUUCUCGUACACGGCGGGACGCUAUCCCGGACAUACAGACCGACAGCAUGCCGAGGUCAGCGAUGGCAGUGGCGUUGUAAGAGGUACAUUUUCGUACGUGGAUCCGGCGCAACGUGUUCGGACCGUGGACUACGUGGCCGACCGACAGGGAUUUCACCCAGUGCUGAGUGAUCCCCUACCCGCCCUGCCCCAAGACUCCGAGGCCGUGGCCGCCGCCAAAGACCGGCAUCUCUCUCUCUACGCUCGCAUCGCCGAGGAACACGCAACUCACCCGCAUCCUGACGAGUCGUACGUGCCGCGGCAAUCCGCAGCGGUUUCGGCGGCGGCAGCGCGACACGCGUCGUUGUUCCGCGUCAUCGCCGAGCAACACGCGCGCAUCGCUGCCGAACGAGACGCGCUCCAGCAGGAAGAACAGCUGGAAUAGCUCGACCUAAGACUCCGUCUAUUCCAUAAUGUCUUUAAAACCGUAACAAAAUAAACGAAACAUACAUGUGUUCAUAAAAAUUUCUAAACAGAAUUGAUUAAUUUGUACUUAACACGUAUUUUGUUUCGUUUCGUGUCAAUAGCAUAGCGGUGACUAUCGGUAACUGGGCAAAGAAACGUAAAUCAAGUACUCAUUAGACAUGUAAUAAGUAUGUCUUUCUUAAAUCUAUUAAUUUUUAUGGAUCAUAAUUUGUGGUUAGUGUACUAAGUGUGAAACUUGUAUACACCUUUACAUAGUUAAUUGAUUGCGAAUCUCUGGCAAUAAAUUGAUGUUUAUCUGUUA